AUGUCACGAACAAGUGUCGAUAGCUCUAUUAGUCCUUCUUCACCCAAAUCACCAGGGACUAGUGGGGCAGGAGACACAGGUUCGCCAAUAAAUAUACAACUACCAUACGGAUCGCCCUCUGCUGGAAGCGAGACGUUCACUCGAGUCUCUAACUGUACUGGGAAGAAGAAGGCUGUAUGUAUCGGAAUUAAUUAUCAAGGUCAACGUGAUGAACUUCGGGGUUGUAUACACGACGCAGGCCAUAUUGCCGAACUCCUUAUUCAGCAGUUCGGUUUUCGGAAGGAGAACAUAGUCAAGCUCACAGAUGAUACCACGGAAACCCAUAGCUUGCCGACGAAGGAAAACAUUAUCUCUGCUAUGCGUUGGUUGGUAGAAGAUGCGAAACCAGAUGACUCUUUAUUCUUCCAUUUCUCCGGCCACGGAGGCCAGACGGAAGAUCUCAGUGGCGAAGAGAUUGACAGCUACGACGAAGUGAUAUACCCGGUAUUUGUCUGGGGUUUGGACGAUCCUCCCUCACCCCUUGAUUUACAUCAGGUAAUACAUGAUUUAAUUGUACGGCCCUUGCCCGCGGGUUGCCGGCUCACCGCAUUGUUCGAUUGCAGUCAUUCCGGAACCAGCCUGGACCUUCCUUAUGUCUAUACAAGUCGCGGAAAGGUGAAAGAGCCGAGUCGUUGGGUAGAUAUUGGGCAAGGCUUGAGAAACGCAGGGCGGUCUACUAUCCGUGGAGAUAUGAAAGGCAUGAUCAAAGGCUUUGGCAAUAUGUUCAAUUCCGAAACAAGCUUCCAGAAGAGAGCAGUGCGCUACGCCAAGAAGACUCGAGCUAGUCCAGCUGAUGUUGUUGCUUGGGCUGCAUGCAAAGAUUUUGAGAAAUCGGAUGACGUUGUGGAGCACGCUGAGGUUGUUGGCGCUAUGUGCUAUGCGUUUAUCGAAGCACUGAGGAAGCAACCCAAACAAUCUUACCAGGAGCUGUUGAACAAUAUUCGUGACCUUCUAUACGAAAAACAUGAUCAAAAGCCUCAGCUCACAAGCUCACACCCCAUUACCCCCCCCUUCACCCCUGCAGACACUUGGAACAGCGCGAUGUCAGGGAAUAAUGCGUCUCAGACUCAUCCAAACACUGAUGAACAUACUUCUCCAGCCUCUCAUCGGCCGCCACCAAGCCACCCAGUCUCAAGUCAAUUUAGUGAUCAAUGGAUAAAAGAUCCUGAUACCCCCCCCACAACACCACCCCUGGUCCCGGGGAACACGUAUUCGCCGCCUCUUAGCCCCAGGUCGAUACUUUUGGGGUCGCCAACGAAUAAUUCUAACAACACCAGGUAUCCUGGGCAACCGCACGGUCGCCGGGCGGAAUACGUCACUGAGCCCGAGGAUUACGGACUUGGCGGUGGGCACAUAACAUUGGACAUCUCGUCCAGAUCGUCUUGCGAGCAACAUGGCCUAGCACAGGAUGGCGCUACUUUUACUCAUGAGAAAUUAGCCACAAACAGCACAUACGCAUCUGAUCGGCAAGCCUGUGGUGAUCAAGGCCAACACACUUUUUCCUAUGAUCAGCCUAUUCUCCAAUUCGGAUACGAGGAGGAAAACAUCCGACAGCUCACUGAUAGUGCGACGGAUCCCGUUUUCUACCGACUAGGGAGAACAUCAUUGCAGGAAUGCACUGUUAUUUAUCCUCUGGACUACGAACAAGCAGGCCAUAUUGUUGACGACGAAAUGCACGAGAUCAUGGUGCAGCCACUGCGUGCUGGGUGUCGCCUGACCGCUAUAUUUGAUUGCAGCCAUUCGGGCUCAGCUCUUGACCUGCCAUAUACCUACUCCACUGAUGGUAAAGUAAAGGAGCAUAGCCAACUAGUGGAGACUGGACGUGGUUUACUAAGUGUUGGGAAAUCCUGGGCGCGCGGCGAUAUGAGUGGUGCAAUCAAAGGACUGAAUGAUGUGAUACGACCACCUACAAGCAGACAGGCCCGCAAACAAGCGAUAUUACGCUCUAGACAGACGCGUUGUAGUGAGGCUGAUGUCAUCUCCUGGUCUGCAUGCAAAGACUCGGAAAAAUCAGACGACGCAUUCGAAGGGCACGAAGCAGUUGGCGCAAUGAGUCACGCAUUUAUACAAUCUCUGAAACAGAAACCCAGGCAAUCCUAUCGCGAGCUACUCAACAAUGUGAGGGUGAUCCUUCGUUCGAAAUAUCAACAGAAGCCUCAACUUUCCAGUUCUCAUAUAAUUGGAAACGAGAAUAGCAACUGGGAUGACGUUUAUAAUAACGAGGUUGAGAAUUUUGAAACCAAUGGGGACGAAGGUGAAGUCUGGUUCGGAGAAGAAACGGUUGAAAAGAUGCUUGAAUGGACACUCGAUAACUAUCCUCCGAACACUGAACCCUAUGUUCUCGACAUCGGUACGGGCAAUGGAAUCAUGACGGUAACCCUGGCCGAAAAUGGGUAUGAUCCAGGCCAUUUGGUUGGGCUCGAUUACAGCGAACCCUCGGUCAAACUGGCGAGGGCUGUAGCCAACGCUCGCGGACACUCGAGUAUUCGAUACGUGGUAUCUGAUUUCAUCAACGAAACCGCGCCCGCGCCAACAGAGGGAGUUUCUCCUGGAAACUGGGAUCUUUUGCAAGGUACCUACGAUGCAAUUGCAUUAUCCGGGAGGUCUGAAGACGGGAAGACUAUUGUCUCGAGGUAUCCUCCCAAGGUUGCUGAGGCUCUCAAACCUGGUGGCAUGUUCCUGAUUACAUCCUGCAAUUUUACUGAAGAGGAGCUCAAAGAAGCUUUCGGUGCUCCCGAACUCGGAUUAACCUACCAGUGCGUCCUUCGUUCGAUUACUAUGCGUAGCACUUACCAGCGAUCUCAAGCUCGCGCAUACAACAUCCAACCUUUACAUUCGGGGGAAAUCAGGUAG